AUGUGGUCGCGCGUGGCUGCGGUUUGUGCCGCGCUGUGCGCAUGUGCGCACGCCUGGCCCAGCGGGGCCGUGUGCGCGCGGGAGGCGGCGGGUGCGGGCGGCGCGCGCUACGUGGCGUUCCUGGGCACCGGCACCGGGCCCGGGCCCGCGCUGGUCGAGAGCGCCUGGGCCGCCCCCGGCCGCCUCCGCGCCUGCUGGGCCCGCCGCGACCCGCGCCUCACCCGCGCCUUCCGCGCCUCUUGCGCGCGCCGUCCGCCCGCCGCGCCCGGGGCCGCGCUGCGCCGGGCCCUUUCCGCUCUGUGGCGGCGCCGCGCCGCCUGCACCGACCCCGUAAAGGUGGGAGACCAACGCCAACGCCACCGCCGAGGCUGGACGCUGCCAGGCACGUUGUGGUGCGGCGCCGGGGACUCGGCAGGGAACUGGAGCGAGCUGGGGCUGUUCCGCGGCCCCGAUCAGUGCUGCCGGGAGCACGACCAGUGCUGGGCGCAGAUCACGGCGCUGCAGUUCAACUACGGCAUCCGCAACUACCGCCUUCACACCGUGUCUCACUGCGACUGCGACGCCAGGUUCCGGCAGUGCCUGCUCGCCGUCAACGACACCGUCUCCAACAUCAUCGGCGUCACCUUCUUCAACCUGCUAGAGGUGCCGUGCUUCGUGCUAGAAGAAAGCAGGGAGUGCGUCCAGUGGCACUGGUGGGGCGGGUGUGAGCGUUAUGGUGUAGUGCCCCUGGCCAGGAUGCUGCAGCAGAGUCAGUACCACCCCAUCCUGCCCGCAGAGGAGAGACAGCUCUGCUGCACGGCCCCCGGGGACAAGGCUGAGCCCGCAGCCAGGCACCAAGCUGCGCAACAAGGGCUGAAGCCGGGCCCCCCAACAGCACUGAUCACGUUGGGACAGGAUCCAGCUGGAGCAAGGAGCACACUGGGAGGAGCAGAGCAAGGAGCUGGGGGCUCAGCCCGCCCUUGGGAUGGCAGCGAGAGACCCAGCCCAACCACAGCAUGGAGUGGGCCCACCCCAGUGCCUGCUGUGGAGGAGCGUGGGCAGCAGGGCCCAGGCAGGGUGUGCAGGUGCUACAAGCACCUAGGUAAGUGUGAGCACCAGAUCGCACCCCACGAGGUGAGGUACCAGCUGCACAACGUGAACAGCCAGACACUCCUCCACUGCAACUGCACCCGCAGGCUGGCGCAGUGCCUGCGCAGGAUGAGGAACUGCAGUGACAUGGAGGUAGCUGUCCUGGCUAACUACAUCGCCACAGAAUGCUUUGUUCUGGAGCAGCUUGCUGCCUGCAGCCCAGGCAGGGGGGCACAGGACAGCAGCUGUACCACAGUGACCAGGGCUGCGCUUUUACCUGCAAAGCGGCUCAAAAAGACCCUGAGGCAUUGGGACCCUCCUCAUGUGAGCUCCAAGACCAAGCAUCCAGACUGGAAGACACAGGCCCGGGGAGGCACCCUCUGUGAGCAGUGCCAGUACCUGGCCAUGAUGCACAUGCCAGGUGCUCAGCCCCACACAGUGCCCUGAUGAUGCCUGAGCAGUGCUGCCUUGGGAAGGAAGGGGAGGAAGAUGUGCUGUGCAGUAGCUACAGGCUGGAGCUGCUUGGUUUCUGGUCCUUGAGACAAAGGAUAGCACUGAGCAUGACUGCAUGGAGCUGGGGACCACAGCCAGAGCAGGCAGAGGGACUGAGAAGACUCAAGGAGCUGUGGCUGCCAUCCACCAGCAUCAAAGCAAGGGGCAGGAAAUAGGAGGGCUCAGGAAAGGGGAAACCCAUCCUCUUCCCUGUUGCACUCUGGGGCCAGGGGGAUGGCGGGGCCCCCCACCCCUAUAAUUGUGACUCUUCAACUGGGGAGCCUGAGCAGUGAGGUGUGAUCCUAACCCCCUUGCCCAGGCACAGUAGGAGGGCUGGGGUCAGUCCCUGCAUGCAGCAGAAGAUAAAUAAAGAAUGGUCAGAGUAUGGUA